AUGACUGUUUUCAUUUUCUUCUUUUUCAUGUUAUUCUGCUCCGCACUAUCUUUCCUUAUUCUUACUAAUUCUUUUACUUACUCUUUUUCCUUUUUUUUCUUUCCUUCCUUCUCUUUUUUCUCAUGUUUACCUUUUUCAUCAACCCUAAUUUUAGACAAUGAACAUGGUGGUCAUGAAUGGUGGGAUUAUGUUACUGUACGUCCCCAUGCACACAUGUUUUACUGGGUCUAUGAACACAAAGAUGUAGAUAACAAACCACUUAUCAUGUGGUUACAGGGUGGCCCUGGAGCAUCAUCUACAGGGUUUGGAAACUUUAUGGAAAUCGGACCUCUUGAUGUUGACCUGAAUCCUCGUAAAUUUACCUGGCUUUCACAAGCCAGUCUUCUAUUUGUCGACAACCCUGUUGGAAGUGGGUAUAGCUAUGUGACAUCAGAGGAUGCUUACACAACCGAUGUCCAGACAAUUGCCAAGGAUUUGUUGACAAUGCUGAAGAAUGUGAUGAACAGAAAGCCCAAUAUGCAGAAACUUCCCUUCUACAUUUUCGCUGAAUCAUACGGAGGAAAAAUGGCUGCUGCUUUUAGUCUGCUGUUAUUGGAAGCAAUCAAAAGAGGUGAAAUAAAUUGCCAAUUUGAAGGAAUCGGGAUGGGUGACUCAUGGAUUGAUCCCGCAGCAUCUGUUAAGUCUUGGGGUCCAUUUCUCUUGUUGAUGUCUCUCAUCGAUUCUGAAGGUUAUGUACAAGUAGACAAUGCUGCCUCGAAUGUGACGGAAUUGGUCAAAAAAGGUCAAUUCGUGAAGGCAACAUUAAUGUGGAGACUUACAGAGACUAUCGUGGCUAAACUGACUUCCGGGGUCAAUUGGUACAACGUUAUGAAAUGGUCUCCGCAAAAGGCACAAUUUUCUGUUCCUUACAUAAAUGCUUCCAUGGAUGUCAAAAGUCUGUACAUGACACAUGUUGGCCCUCUGAAUCUUGAUAAACUUUCUGCUUUAAUGAAUGGGCAAAUCAGAUCUAAAUUGGGUAUAAUCCCCAAAAAUGUCACCUGGGGAGUAAAUGAAUUAAUAAAAUACAAAAAGUUGAAAGUCGUUGUGUAUUCUGGCCAACUUGACCUGAUUGUUGCUACCCUUGGAACUGAAUUUUGGGUUUCUCAGUUAGACAUUGCAAAAAAAUUACAGAAUGAGAAACGGAACAUUAUCAUCAACCCCUACACAUCUGUGCCAGUUGGUUAUGUCAAAGGAAUCUGCAAUUUUGAUUUCUACUGGAUUUUAAACGCUGGCCACAUGAUCCCAUCUGAUAAUCCUUCAGGAGGCUUUGAAAUGCUGAGGCGUAUCCUGGCACCCAAAAAUUCAUCCAACUGUUGA